UUAAAAACGAGCAGCCAACGAGGACCCUGACAAGCUGCACAGGCACCAUCUCUAUCUCUUUCUCUUUGUGGGUUCUGUUGCAGGCAGCUUCUCUCUUUUGCUGCUUCGAAAAUUUGACUUGGGUUUUGCUUUUUAUCUAUCUUUUGCUUAUGGGUUAAAUAAACUGGUUUAGAGCCCUGUGGCUGAGGUUGAAGUGACCCCACUCGGGAAUUUUAGGUGCCAACGCAAAAGAAAAAUUAAUAUAAAAAUCUUUGUCUCUUCUUCCAUUGGAGUUUUUGUGUAGGUAUUUGUUGAGCUGGUCUAUCCUCAUUUGGGUCUCCGUUUUUGUUCUCUUAUUGUGUUCUUUUGGUAUGCAGCUUUUUGCCAUUUGAUUCAAGUGUCAAUGAAACUUCAGAUUUGCUUAUUUUUCACCUCUGUUUUUAAUUUCAAGCUAUUUGUGUUGUUCCCUUUUUGCAACUUCUUCUUGCUUUCAAGUUUCCAGCUCAAUUUUGGGUUUCAAGAGAUUAGGGAAGUACUGAGUCUUGAUUUUAUUUUUAGUUUCUAUAAUCCAUCUAAACUUUUGUGGUGGGUUUCAAUUCUUUCUUGGUUUUGAGGAUGGAUUUCAAGUGAAGACUAGAAUUUUAGUCUUGGGUUCCGAUUACUUUUGUGUUUUGAAUUUAGGAUUUGAUAGCUGGGUCUUGUUGGAGAUUUGUGAAUUUUGUACCUUUUAAUCUAGAGAGCGAAAAUUCUUGGUUAAGGAGCUAGGGUAAUCAAUCAGAAUCGAUUAUGGAAAUGACUUCGAGAACUGAGAUUGAUGACGACAGUGACAACAACAGAGGCAGUAUGUGGGUUUUGGAUCAAAAGCUUGAUCAGCCUAUGGAUGAGGAAGCUGGAAGGCUUAGAAAUAUGUACAGAGAAAAGAAAUUCUCGUUGCUUUUGCUUCUGCGGUUUGCAUUCCAGAGUCUGGGCGUGGUUUAUGGAGACUUGGGUACUUCUCCAUUAUACGUGUUCUACAAUACAUUUCCUCGAGGAAUUCAAGAUCCUGAGGAUGUAGUUGGAGCUCUUUCGUUGAUUAUAUACUCUCUUACGCUUAUCCCACUCCUCAAGUAUGUCUUCAUUGUGUGCAGAGCUAAUGACAAUGGUCAAGGUGGUACAUUAGCUCUUUAUUCUUUGCUUUGCCGGCAUGCAAAAGUUAAAACUAUUCCAAAUCAACAUCGGACAGAUGAGGAGCUAACCACUUAUAGUCGUUCUACUUUCCAUGAGAAUUCAUUUGCUGCUAAAACUAAGAGAUGGUUAGAGACACACCAUUCCAGAAAGAGUGCACUUCUUAUUCUUGUCCUUGUUGGCACUUGUAUGGUGAUCGGGGAUGGGAUUCUCACUCCUGCUAUAUCUGUUCUCUCAGCUGCCGGUGGGAUUAGGGUAGACCACCCCAAUAUUAGUAAUGAUGUAGUCGUAGUUGUUGCUGUUAUAAUAUUAGUAGGUUUGUUUAGCAUGCAACACUAUGGAACUGAUAGAGUUGGCUGGCUCUUUGCUCCCGUUGUGCUACUUUGGUUUCUCUUAAUUGGGGGCAUUGGCAUAUUCAACAUCAGGAAGUAUGAUAGCAGUGUUCUGAAAGCUUUUUCACCUGUAUAUAUUUAUCGGUAUUUAAGAAAGGGAGGUAAAGAUCGUUGGACCUCCCUUGGAGGUAUUUUACUUAGUAUAACAGGUACAGAGGCCCUUUUUGCAGACUUAGCCCAUUUUCCAGUUUCAGCCAUACAGCUUGCUUUUACAAUAGUUGUAUUUCCAUGCCUUCUUUUAGCAUAUUCUGGACAAGCAGCUUAUCUUAUGCAAAACUCGGAUCAUGUGAUGGAUGCAUUUUAUCGUUCUAUACCAGACAGCAUUUAUUGGCCAGUGUUUAUUGUUGCAACUGCAGCUGCUAUAGUUGCAAGUCAGGCCACAAUAUCUGCAACUUUUUCAAUAAUCAAGCAAGCUCUUGCACAUGGUUGUUUCCCAAGAGUCAAGGUGGUUCAUACAUCAAAGAAGUUCCUUGGUCAGAUAUAUGUUCCUGAUAUAAAUUGGAUUCUUAUGGUUCUUUGCAUUUGUGUGACCGCUGGGUUCAAUAACCAAAGCCAAAUUGGAAAUGCCUAUGGGACAGCAGUGGUGAUUGUCAUGUUGGUAACCACAUUACUUAUGGCUCUAAUCAUGAUACUAGUGUGGCGCUGCCAUUGGAUUCUUGUCCUGCUUUUCACGGGCUUAUCACUAGUUGUGGAAUGCAUGUAUUUUUCUGCUGUGCUCUUCAAAGUUGAUCAAGGUGGGUGGGUUCCCCUCGUGAUUGCCGCAGCCUUUCUUGUCAUUAUGUAUGUGUGGCAUUAUGGUACGUUGAAAAGGUAUGAAUUUGAGAUGCAUAGUAAGGUUUCAAUGGCAUGGAUUGUUGGGCUUGGCCCCAGCCUAGGACUGGUAAGAGUUCCUGGAAUCGGACUUGUGUACACAGAGUUAGCGAGCGGGGUUCCCCACAUCUUUUCUCACUUCAUCACAAAUCUACCUGCUAUUCAUUCUGUCGUUGUAUUCGUAUGCGUGAAGUAUCUUCCUGUCUACACAGUUCCAGAAGAAGAGAGAUUCCUGGUCAAGCGUAUUGGACCAAAGAAUUUCCACAUGUUCCGUUGCGUUGCAAGGUAUGGCUAUAAAGACUUGCAUAAGAAAGAUGAGGAAUUUGAGAAAAAACUCUUUGAUAACCUCUUCUUGUUUGUCCGGCUCGAGUCCAUGAUGGAAGGGUGUUCAGACUCAGAUGAGUAUAGUAUAUAUGGUCAGCGAACCGAGCAAUCAAGGGACGCCCUUUUGAAUGAUAAUAAUGGAAAUACAACUUCUUCUGCAGUAGAUUCCAUAAUUUCAUCAGUCGAUUCAAUCGUGCCCAUUAAGUCACCUGUAAAUCCAAAUUUCACCAUUAGGUCAUCAGGACAAACAAGCAGCCAAAUGGAGAUUGAUGAGUUGGAAUUUUUGAAUAAUUGCAGGGAUGCUGGGGUGGUGCACAUACUAGGGAAUACAGUGGUAAGAGCAAGGAGGGAAUCAAGGUUCUACAAGAAGAUAGCUGUUGAUUAUAUUUAUGCAUUUCUUAGGAAGAUAUGUAGGGAGAACAGUGUGAUUUUUAAUGUUCCUCAUGAGAGUCUCUUGAAUGUGGGACAGAUAUUCUAUGUAUAAAUCUGUCUUGUUUCUUGUCAUUGGUUGAUACAUUAUACAAGCGAGUAAAACAAUUUUUUUUUUUUUUUU